AAUUAGGCUACGCUAUGUUGAAGAUGAGCAGAGCAUGAAAAUUGAAAUGGAAAAUUACGAGAAAAAGGAAGUUAUAAAGAACUUUAAUGUUGCAGAUAAAGACAUUGUAAAGUGUAGCCAUUACGGAAAACUACAUGGCUUUGUUCAUUUCUCCAAAAAAGAGCUUAAUGAAAAGCGCACUUGUACAAUCUCAGGUAUUGGUGGAGCAGUAAACAAAGCAGUUAGCACAGCAGAGCUCUUGAAGAAGAGCAUUCACCUCCACCAGACAAACACUAUUUAUUUUGUAACCAUAACAGAAAUCUGGACACCUAAGAAUGAUCAGAACUUGCAAAACAUCGAAGUGGAAAGAAAAGUUCCUGCUAUAUCCAUAAAGCUUGACAUCGAAGAACCAGCCAAGAAAGAAGCUGGUUAUCAGCCUCCUGAACUGAAAUCUUCUCCUGGCAAACCAAUUCCGAGACAACAAAAGUUCAAGAAAUUUAACUCUAGACCUAAAGAGAAGGAUGACUAUCCAUUCCCUCAUCACCAAAAGAGACUUGAAGACAAGUUUAAGCCUAAGAAAGGAAGAGAAAAUGGACGAAUGGAACAUUGGCACAAAAAUGACAACAAUUCAAGAAAAAAUAAUAAUAUUCAACCUCAGAAAGAAAAUAAAAAUUCUCUUACAGAAACUGAAUCGGUUAAAAAAAAUGACCAAGUUACUCAGUCAAGCUUGGAGCAGAGUAGGGAAAAUGAUGACCUUUUGAAUUGAUAUUUCCUAUUACCUGUUCAAGAAAAGUUAUGGCAUGAGCGAUUAAUUGACAGUAUAACUUUGUUAUUUGCUUAAACUGUUUAGGAUGCAACCUAAUGUCAUGAUAUUUUUGAACUUAUUAGCAAUUAGACUGUUAGCUCGCUUCAUAAGCAUGUCAUCUUCGUUCCAAAACUUUUUAUGACCUAUGCAUACACUCCUUGAUAGUUAUCUUGAUCUAGUAUCUUUGUUUCACACAAUAGAGCAUAAGUUUUGUGGUUUAUCCACGGGGCUUAGAUUUUUUGUUUAAGCUACCAAAUUUUAUUAUUUAUUAUUUAGAGGUACCUAUUGUGGAAAAUUCACAAUCAUCACUUUCUUACCACUUAUUUUAAACUUUUUUUAUCGCAGCUUCUGAAUAUUUUAAGGACCUCCAAAUGGACUAAAACGAAGCGGAAUCAUCACAUCUAUAUUCAAGUUAAAUAAACAAACAAUGUACCCUAAUUCCUUCGGUUUGUGAGGAAAUCGAAAAAAUAUGUUUCGGGAAUCAACAAUAAUAAUGCCACAAUAAUAAUGCCGGCGAAAUGGCAGCUUUUGCCGGUUUUUACAAGUACAAUAAUUGCUGUAUAGUGUACUUGCUUACUUGUAAAUCACGUUAAUCAAGUUUGACUGUGGUUCCUUAAUCUUUGCUGGUGAUUUUUCAUAAUUUUGUUUUAUAAAUGUAUCUUGAUUGCUUGACAAAUUUUUUGCAGGUUCGACUAAGUGGGUUCAUACUUUUUAAAUGCGACAGUGAAAUCCGGCUGGGUUGCACUAUCAUUAUUAUAACACGAAAAAUUCUUUUUGUCUGAUCAAAAAAUACAUUUAGAUCAUUUUCUGGUGAUUAUGUUGUGUUUAGUAUGUUUUAUGUAUAAUAAUCGGCUGUAUCUCUAGUUGGGAUGGAUAUUUUUUGAUGCGAUAAAAACUGACUAUCAGUCUUACUUAAAAUUUGAAAGUUUAUUUUUGCACGUAUGACCGCCCACGUGCAAAUUGGGUAAAAUUUUAUAGGUCGCAUAGUAACGAGAUGGAAACGUGCACGUGUGUGGCAUUCUAAUCGUUUUUCUGUG